AUAUACAGCCUUAAAAUAAAAUGUGGACCUAAAUAGCCAGAAGCUCCCUUCGUAAGAUUUGUAACAAAAAUUAACAUGAAUGGGGUUAAUAGUUCUGACAGAGUGGUGGAGAGACUAUCAGCGCUAGCAAAACAGCAGAAUUCAUACAGCAUCAAAGUUGGCCUGCAAAGGCUUUGCUGCCUAAUGAUGUCUAAAGAAAAUAUCAAACUCCCUCAGCCACCUGCAGGACAGUGUUACAGCAAUUAAUCAGAAAGAAAAACUACAGGCCCUUUCCCUCCCCCACUUCAAUUUAAGCAGGCUUCCUUUUCCACAGUAGUAACUUUUCUAAAUAUAUCUUAAAGACCUCAGAGUACUGGAAAGAAAGCUGUCAUUCAAAGGCAAGUGAUCUUAAGAUACUGUAAAUCAUGCUAAUGUUUUGUCCAUUUGAAAUAUAUAAGUUGUACUACAAAUAAAAGAAACUAUCCCAAUCAAAUCUAGUUUUAUCAUGUCGCUUGACCAGUUGAUUCUGAAGUGCAUGUAUGAUCAAAGAGUAAAGGACCAAGAGCAGUCCAUGAAGAAGAAAACCACGCCAGGGGGCCUUGGUGUCUGCAAACUCAUUACAAGUCAAUUAAAAUAGAGUGAAAGGACAUUGGUGGGCCAGUGGGACAGAGUCAAACCCACGAACACUCAGGCACCUGUGAGGCAGCGCAGCAUGGGAGUCGGGACCCCCAUGAUUGAAAUCCCAGGACUCCGCGAAUUCACUGUGGUCUUGGUCAAGUUACUUAGUUUUUCUCUCCCUUAGUCUGUAAAAUGGGGCAAUAAUACCAACUUUAGAGAGUUACUAAGAGGUCUUAAAUGAGUUCAGUUUUAGAAAGUACUGGCACAUGAUAGAUGCUAUGUGUUUGUUAAGUAAAUGACUAAAUGAAAAAAUUGAUUUGCCAGAGGUGUCAGUACAGUGCAGUAGGGAAAGAAUGAGCUAUUCAGUGAAUGGUACUGGGAUUGAUUGGUUAUUGGUAAGGAAAAACGGUUGACCCCAAAUGGCCAGGAAACACACAAAUAUAAGUCGGUGUACUUGUCAGGU